CAACAAAAAAAGAGAACAAACACAAACAUUAAACAAAUUAAUUCGUAAAACUAAACAGAUCACAAGGAAUAAAAAAAACAUUAUUUCUUCUGCAAAAGAAAAAUCUUUACAAGAUACCAUAAUUAUUUUAAGUGAUAAUGAAAGUGAAUCAAAUAACAAAGCAGAUGAAAAUAAUUGUAAAAAAAAGAAAAACAAAAAAGAGAUCUUUAAGUAUAUUAAUAAAUGAUAAGCAAAAUACACAAAGUAAUUCAAAUGAAAUUUUAAAUCAAACAAAAAUUGAAAUAGAAAAACCUCCAAGAAAAAGAAGAAAAAAAAAUAUUGUUGCAUUAUCAGAAAAUAAUUCAUCUUGUCUUUUAAUAUCUGAUACAGAAGAUUCAGAAAUUACAACUGUAGAUUUAGAUGAUGAAAACAGAGUUCCAGUCUCAGAUUAUAUAACUCAAGGAUCAGAUGACAUUGUUGUAGUAUGGUCAUCUACAGGAACUCCUCCACCAUCUAUAGAUCAAGAAAAAGUAAGAACUAUAGAUCAAGAGAAAAAUGAUAGAAUUUUUAUGAUAGAUAGUACUCCAGAUCCAAAGAAUCUUAGUUGUUUAGAAUGUGACGAGGAAAUAAUAUCACAGCAAAAUAAAAAAAAUGUUCAAGAAAAUGAUGCACAAAAUGAAGAAAAAAAAGAAGAUGAAAUGGAAAAUCCUAAUUAUCUACCUUUCAGUAAAAGUGGUUUGAAACUUCCUAAACCUCAUAAUAUAAGUAAAAACAUUAUAAUGAGUAAACCAAAAACACCUCAAAGAUUAAGGAAUCUUAGACGACGAAUAUUGAAUUAUUCUAUAUCUAAUACAUCUACUACAUCUAUUACAUCUACUACAUCUACUACAUCUACUACAUUUACUAAAUAUGCUAUAUCUACUACUACAUCUACUACACUUACUAAAUAUUCUAAAUUUACUACACCUACUACAUUUAAUAAAUAUACUACAUCUACUACAUCUACCAGAUGUACAGUACCAAUUCUGUAUAAUCCUCAAACUGCAUUUGCAUUUAAAACAAAUAAUAUUGGAUCCAGAUUUGAACUAUAUAGAUCUGAAUUAUCUACAGUUGGAUCAUCUACACAACCAUGUAAUAAAUUAAGGGAAAUAGUAAUUGAUGGCAACAAUAUAGCUAUGGCACAUAAAAAUGGUAAAACAUUUUCAGAAGAAGGAAUUAUGAUAGUUGCAAAUUAUUUCAGACAAAGAGGUCAUAUUGUAAAAGUAUUUGUACCAUUAUAUAGGAGAUCAACAAACCAUCCAUUACUUGAAAAGAUGUAUGCAGAUGGAAUAGUAAUUUUUACACCAAGUCGUUUUAUCGGUGGUAAACGGAUAACUCCUUACGAUGAUCGAUUUAUAUUAGAAUAUGCAACAAUGUGUGGAGGUAUUGUAGUUUCUUUAGAUCAAUAUAGAGAUCUAUAUAAUGAAAAACCUGAAUGGCGCGAAACAAUCGAGAAACGAUUAUUGACUCCAACAUUUGUAGGGAAUUAUGUUAUGUUUCCUGAAGAUCCUUUAGGUAGAAAUGGUCCUAAACUUCAAGAAUUUCUAAGGUAUUGAAUGUAAAAAGGUAAAAAAGAAUAUUUUAUGAAGAAAUUUCUUUUAUUAAUAAGUUAAAUAUACUCGUGAAAUAUAUAAAUAUGUAUAUUCAUAUAUGUUUAAUAUAUACAUGAGUAUACAAAAUUUUCGAUAAAAAAUAUUUUCACAAAUUUUUUUUAAUUGUUUAAUUACUUAAUUACAAUUACUUAAUAAUAAAUUAUAGUAAUUCAUAUACACCAAAGUGUUAUAGUUAGUAACAUAAGUAAAAAAUAUUUGAAAAAUUUAAUUAAAAAAAUAGUAGUAUUUUUUUGAUCAUGAAAA